GCAGCCGGCAGAGCUCGGUGGGAGAGGCACAAGGAGGGAAUGCAGGAGGCAGAACCCGGGCUUGGCUGGCUGGUGAGAGGGAAGAUGAGCACGGAGCACUCUGCCAACGGGACCUCUCCCACCCCGCCUCUCCUUGGAAUUCCCACCACGGAGCUGCUCCCACCCAGUGCUGCACCCCCUCAGGGGACAGACUGGCUGCCCAUCAUCGUCGGGGUCACCUGCAUCUUCCUGCUCCUGGCCACCCUCCUCGUCCUUGCCACCCUCUGCAAGCCACCAGCGCUGGGCUGGUCCCUCCCUGGUGGCCAGGAGCGCCUGCCCCACCACCCUGUGGAUGCCAGUGAGCCCCAGCUGAGGCUCUGGAAGCGUCUGGGCUCCCUCAGGUGCUCCAUCAGCAGCUUCAGGAGGAGCCAGCUGGUGGCUCAGAGCCCUCUUGCCUGUCCCAGCCAGGACUGGCACAUUGUGGAGUCCACCAAAAUGUGAUCUUGCCCUGCUGCUCCUUCCCAAGCUUCCUUCUCAAGCAUCCCUGAACAACCUGGCAGAGACCCUUUGGGCAACUCAUUUCCAGGAGAUUUUGCAGUGCCAGGUUCCCAAAUGCUUUCCAGGUUACUGCUUCCUGCCAGGGAAGGUGGAGGCACCCAAACUACACCCACACCCAGCUAUCAGUGGGCGGGCAAAAAAAAAAAAUCCUGCUGCUUCAUUUCUUUUGGAAAACAUUGCGCAAGUUGUGCUCUACCUGAAGAAACAGCCUGGAAGAGGGUAGGAGCAACCUGGCCACCUGAAGAGAGGCAGCCCAGAGAAAACCUGCUCCAUAGAAAGCAAUCCUCAGUGGAGAUUACCCCCCAGAAGGUGGAGGGAGGCUCAUGUACUGCCUGGUCCCUGUCACCCCAUUCCAUGGGGUCAAUGCAUUCCCAUUCCUGCUCUCUGGUCUGCCUGGUUUGGGAGAAAGGGAUGGGGAAACAUUUAGAAACUCUCCUGCUGGCCUGGGGUUGUGGGGAUGCAUUUGGAGGGAGAGACCUUCUGUACAAAUGUUCACACUGAAGGUGCAAAUUAAAAUAAAGCCGGGUGAUGGCUC